ACCGUUUCCGGUGGGCGUGUUCCUGGCUAUGUUUAUAUGAACUUCAGCGGGCUCCUACUACUGCUAGGAGCUGCUGGCAGAGCAUGAGGAGAACAACUUCUACUUUGUCCUGGAGGUGGAGCGGACCCCACAGGUCGGGCCCAGAAGUUGAGCUUCCGCAGUGCUGGAAUUGCAGACAAGUAACAUCGUGCCAGUGUGACUUGAUUCUGACUUUGACGCCUUUCUACAUCUGUGAAGAAUGUCCUCUGAAGAUACUAUUGUUUGGCUGUGGUGAUUUGAUCUCAUCUCUCAUCCCUGGGAUGAGAUCUGUCCCAGCUGAUCUGAUUCUGUGUUGAAGGGUUCAGGGAAGGUGUACAGGCAGGUAUAGCUGUCUCUCCUGGAUGCCGAGAUUUGAGGCCCAGAAGUCUCCCAUGGCUCCUUAUCACAUCCGACAGUACCAGGACAGCGACUAUAAAAGUGUCGUGGAUGUGUUCACCAAGGGCAUGGAAGAGCACAUCCCCUCCACCUUUCGCCACAUGCUUAUGCUGCCCCGAACCCUCCUACUCUUACUUGGGGUGUCCCUUACCCUGGUCCUGGUGGCUGGCUCCUGGCUGCUGGCUGUUAUGUGCAUCUUCUUUCUGCUCCUACUCCUACGAUUCCUUGCUGGACAGCCUUGGAAGGGGUAUGUGGCCAAGUGUUUGCAGACAGACAUGGUUGACAUCACCAAGUCUUACCUGAAUGCACAUGACACCUGCUUCUGGGUGGCUGAGUCUGGGGAACAGGUGGUGGGCAUGGUGGGUGCUCAGCCAGUCAAGGAUCCUCCAUUAGGGAGGAAGCAGAUGCAGCUCUUUCGCCUGUCUGUGUCCUCACAGCAUCGAGGACAGGGGAUAGCGAAGGCACUGGUCAGAACUGUCCUCCAGUUUGCACGGGACCAGGGCUACAGUGAUGUUGUCCUUGACACCAGCACCUUACAGCAAGGUGCUAUGACUCUCUACCUGAGCAUGGGCUUCCAGAAGACAGGCCAAUACUUCAUAAGUAUGUUCUGGAGGUUAGCGCAUAUUCAGACAAUUCAAUUAAAGUACUCCUUCCCUUCUGCCUAGGAAGUGGGGGCUGUGACCUUAUGCUCCCAUGCAGCACGCAGACUCCUCUGCACUCUGCUACAGAAACCAGUGAACCCCGCCAUGUCAGUGUGAUUAACAAUAAAAGCUUGUUGGUGCACACCAGA